AUGCCAAUUGGUGCCCGUCGCCGACGACUUGUCAUCAUUGCUCCAGUCUUGCCUUUGGCGACCCUCGACCCCCAUUCCCACGUCCAACUCUCCAACCGUCCACCGGGCUCCCCAACCGUCAAGGGCCCCUCAACCUGCGCCCCGGCAUCAUCACUGCCAUUGCUCACAACCAACUAUCGGCGCGCACAUUCAUUGCGACACUUUGCGGCUACCGAAAUCCCCGACACGAGCGCCAGCGUGGUACUCGAGUACCUACCUCCAGCCGUCGACGACAUCUCUCCCCCGUUGCACUGCUACCGGGCCUCCCGCCGCUUGCCGGAGCUCUACCGCCUGCUCACAGAGCAAUAA